GUCCUUCCAUAAAGUCCAUAUCCCUGACGCGACCGCUUUUCCCCUUUCCCCCUUAUUAUAGGCUUUCAUUUCUCAAUGAAACGCUUUAAGAAGCUUUACCCUGCUGACACCUCCGUUACGGGAAGCCCGGUGGGAAUGGGACACUUCUAGUUCAUUUUUAUUUUUAUUCAGAAGUAAUUAGGGUACAUCAAUGCUACGAUACCGGACUGCAGCUGUGGACAAGUCAAGGUGCCGUUAGCGAGACCGUUGAGGUGCACAACAAGACGAAGCGCAGUCGGCACAAGCUUCGACGUCACCCGCCGCGGAAACAACAACAACAACAACAACAACCACGCUGCCAACUCGAGCAUCUUUUCCCGUCUCGCCAUUUCGGCUAUAGUGGAGCGGGACGUCGUGGUGAGGGGCGCGGGGAGCGGAGCGGUCUCUGUUAACAUACCCGGGCGGGCGGAGGACAGCAUGGCUGCCGCGAGGGGAGCCGGGAGGUCCGCCUCGAUAUGGGACAAUAUGCGCGUACGGUUCAUCGUCUGCUUCCUCGGAGUCUUCGUGUGUUACUUUUACUACGGGAUACUACAAGAGACAAUCACUCGAGGUGAUUAUGGUCAGGGAGACCAAAAGGAGAAGUUUAGGUUUGCCCGGACAUUGGUCUUCAUCCAGUGCAUUUUCAGUGCUCUGUUUGCAAAGAUCUUGAUCAUUUUUUUUGAGGGCUCCAAGCCGGAUCUGACCAAGAGCUGGCUCUAUGGGCUGUGCUCCCUCUCUUAUCUUGGAGCCAUGGUGUCCAGUAACUCGGCCCUUCAGUAUAUCAACUACCCCACACAGGUGUUGGGUAAAUCCUGCAAGCCCAUACCAGUGAUGAUCCUCGGUGUGACAAUACUGAGGAAGAAGUACCCGCUGGCUAAGUAUCUGUGUGUGCUGCUUAUUGUGAGCGGUGUAGCGCUGUUCCUCUAUAAACCCAACAAGAGCUCAGCUGUUGCAGAUGACCAUGUUUUUGGGUUUGGAGAGAUUCUGUUGCUGGUGUCUCUGACAUUGGAUGGGUUGACCGGUGUGGCUCAGGACCACAUGAGGGCGCGCUUCCAGACCAGUGCCAACCACAUGAUGCUGAACAUCAACUUGUGGUCCACUCUGGUGCUGGGGUUCGCGGUUUUGUCGACAGGCGAAAUAUGGGAGUUCCUAAGUUUUACAGAACGCCACCCCAGCAUCAUCUAUAAUAUUGUUCUGUUUGGACUGACCAGUGCUUUAGGCCAGACCUUCAUCUUCAUGACGGUGGUGUACUUUGGACCUCUGACUUGCUCCAUCGUCACCACCACAAGGAAGUUCUUCACCAUCCUCGGCUCGGUGAUCCUCUUUGGCAACGUCAUGAGCACAAUGCAGUGGUUUGGCACCAUCCUCGUGUUCCUCGGGCUCGGAUUUGAUGCUAAAUUUGGCAAAACCCCCAAGAAGACCACAAACUGAAUCUUCUGGAGCACACCAGAAAGACAAAAACAUUGCAAAUGAAAACACUCAACAGCGAGUAUGUUAUUUUCAUAAGAGGUCCUUUAUGAAUUAUUCAAGUACAAACAGAUAUUUAACUUAAUUGUAUUUAAGAGUCCAGCUUCUGUUCUAUACUGUUGAUGUAUUAAAAAUACAUUUUACUUGGGAUCAAAUCCUGAAUGUAUUAUGACAAGCCAUUAACAUUUUUUAAACCACACUUUGUGGAGUAUUUGGACUUGUUGAAAGACAUUGGGGGGAAUAUGCUGUAUUUAGACAAAUAUUUUACGUUUCUGAAACCAGCUCAUCUCCUCUGGAUGGAUGUUGAAACCAAGUAAGGUGUAAAACGUUUUUUCCAGCGUUUAACUAAGAACUCUCCAUCAAGUCAUGCUUGGUUUACAAAUUGUUGCUUGAACAAGCGUAAUCAUUACAUACGUAGUUUAUUUCUUGGCAAACAAUCAACCAAGUAGCUUUUCAUUUAUAAAACAAGGUUGUAACCUGUUCUGUUAUAUCAAGUCUUACUAUCAAAUUGUUUUUACUCUUUAUUUUCUACAAGAUGAAAAUAACUUGCCAUUAAAGGGAAAUUGUGAUAUUACAUGG